GAGGUCACGAUUCCGGAUGUACAUGUUCAACAGCAGAUCUCGAAGCUUCUUUGCUAUCGCAAGAAAGGCCGUGGACGCUGCUUGCAAAAAGCAUUCGAUCAGCUAGGACUUCCGAAGAUGGCCAGAUUGGAGCCUUCUACACUUUUGCAAGAUGUGGGGUCUUUCGAACAAAAGCAGUGUCCGUUCACCUGCAUUUUUUAUGUGGCCGGGGAACAUGGCCGGGUUUUGCAUAUGUCUCCACUGCUGCAGAUCCCAGGAGUCAGCUUGAACACGUGGGCUAUCGACUUGCUACACUCGUGGCACUAUGGACCCAUGUCUACUUAUCUGACAUUUACUCUUCGUGCUUUGCUGAACACAGAGAUCUACAAGCCUGGCAAUUCGGCAGUGCUAGACAAGGAAGAAAAUGACAAGCUUUGUUUGAUGGCCCUCAAGGCAGAAUUAUGGAUGUUCUACAAGUACAGACGUGCCACAGACAAGGAGUGGAGCAAGAAAGGUUCUGAGGUGUGGAACCUCACUCUCACCAUGCUUGCCGAGAAAGCACUGAAGUGCAAAGCAGCGGAGACACACGGUUUACUUCGCUUUGUGGUCAUGACACUUGAGAAAUACAAGGAGGUGCUUCAGAAAAGUGACAAGUCGCAAAUGUUUGAUCUUCUUCAUCGGGCAGGUUGUGCAGCUGAAGCUUUCGAUCAGACUAUGAACGAGCACGACAGAGUGUUUCCAGAGGAAGCAUGCGAUGCUUUGUUUUCACACUAUCAUCGCUUCAUACAGCUUUGCUCAAGGGCUGGU